AAACUAACCGUCUCUCUCUUCUCCAUCAACUUCUUCACACCGAUUUCCACUCUUCAUCUCCAAUUUCGAUUCAUCUACGUUCAUCCAUUCAAAAUUUCCGUAAUCAAAGGAUUAUUGUUUGAUAGUCAGAAGGAUUGGAUUGGAUUAGUUUAGUCCAGUCAGUGUUGAAUCUCCUCUCUCCUGCGAAGUUCUCCGUUCGUCGUCUCGAAUCCGGUAAGUCGACGACGAAGAUGAUCGCCUCCUUCCUAUUCCAUCAUCCACCGGUAACAACUUUUCAGAAAUGUUAGAUCUUUUCUCUAUAACGCACGUACGUUCAAAGAUCUGGCUUCGCAAAAGGAAAAAACUUUCAUUUUCUUCCUUCUCUAUAUGAUCCCCAAUAUAUUAUUGUAUAGUUUCCAAAAAUUAGGGUUAGGUUUUCCACUUUGUACAGCUACAUGUAGAUGAAAUUGGAUUCCGAUUCCGAUUCUGAUUCAGAACCGUGUAAGAUGAGUCUAGAUGAAUGUCCAUCUCCUCAGGAAAUACACUUACCUGAAGAAAUCGAUUGGGAAAUGCUCGACAAAUCUAGAUUCUUCUUCCUCGGUGCCGCUUUAUUCUCCGGCGUUUCCGCAGUUCUCUACCCCGUCGUCGUCUUGAAAACUCGUCAACAAGUCUGUCAAACACGACAUCAAUACAAUGGUGGUUUCAAAGGUUUAUACAGAGGAUUCGGGACAUCAUUGACAGGUACAAUCCCAGCUAGGGCAUUAUACAUGACAGCACUUGAGAUAACAAAGAGUGAAGUCGGAACCGCCACGAUGAAACUAGGUUUCCAAGAGCCAACCGCAGCAGCCAUAGCGAACGCAGCCGCGGGUCUGAGCGCGGCGACAGCCGCCCAAUUGGUAUGGACCCCUGUUGAUGUUGUUAGCCAGAGAUUAAUGGUUCAGGAACCGGGUAAGUAUCUAGGAGGAAUUGAUGCGUUUAGGAAGAUUCUAAACAACGACGGGCCUCGAGGUUUGUAUAGAGGGUUUGGAAUGUCGAUUUUGACGUAUGCUCCUUCGAAUGCGGUUUGGUGGGGUUCUUAUUCGAUUGUUCAGAGACUGGUUUGGGGUGGGAUUGGGGAUUUUUUGUGUGAGGAGAAAGAUUAUAGACCUGAUUGGAAAACUGUAAUGGCUGUUCAGGGUUUUAGUGCUGCUAUGGCUGGUGGGGUGUCGGCUUUGGUUACGAUGCCAUUAGAUACUAUAAAGACGAGGAUUCAGGUUUUGGAUUGUGACGACAAUAAUAGUAAUAGUAAUAGUAACAAUGGAAGGAAAGGAGGAGGAGGGCCGACGGUUGCACAAACGGUGAGGAAUUUGGUAAGAGAAGGCGGUUGGAUGGCUUGUUAUAGAGGAUUGGGGCCGAGAUGGGCUUCUAUGUCUAUGUCGGCAACUACUAUGAUUACGACGUAUGAACUUUUGAAACGACUUUCGGCUAAGAAUCAUCAUCAUCAAGAAGGUUAGGUUGUUGGCUUGUUAUUGUUAUUGUUCUAGUUGGUGUUUUCUAUCUAUAAUAUAUAUAUAUAUAUAUAUAUAUAUGCCUUUUUUUUCUCAUUUCUUACUUUGGUCUUCUUGUUCUUGAAGAAGAUCAUGCAAGUUUCUUGUGUACAUAGAAAAUAUAUCAUAUGCAGACAGUUAUGGUGUCUGAUAUUUUUGU